AAGUAUUAGCACUCGACUCCAAACCAAUUUGUAGUUAAAGAAAGAACAGUGUGACUCCCUAAAUAGUAAAACCGCCGUAUAAAUUGGGAACACAGGGAGUAUUAACUAUUGGGUUGAAUGGGUCAAUCUUUCCCUCCACGUUGAAACCAUAAGCUAUGCAGCUAUAUAUAUACCAGCUUCAGUGAUCAGCUAAACAUCCAACCAUUCUUGCAUCUCAUCAAACAUUUCAUCCAAUGGAUACUCAAUGUAUUAUUCAGGGAGAUUCAUCUGCUUCCCAGUUCUCUCACUCACCCCAUUGGAACUAUGAUGUAUUUUUGAGUUUCAGAGGUGAAGAUACCCGAAAAACCUUCACUGGUCAUCUUUAUUCCAGAUUGUGUCAAGUUGGAGUUAAUACCUUCAUAGAUGAUGAGGAGUUGAGAAAGGGCGAGGUGAUUUCAAGGGAGCUAGAGAAAUCAAUUGAAGAGUCUAGGAUUUCAAUUGUUGUUUUCUCAAGAAAUUAUGCUUCCUCUAGUUGGUGUCUUGAUGAACUUGUUAAGAUUCUUGAAUGCAAACAUAAGUUAAAGGAAGUAGUUUUCCCUAUUUUCUAUGAUAUUGAUCCUUCUCAAGUGCGCAAGCAAACAGGGUGCUUUGGUGAAGCUUUGGCUGAACACAAGGAACGAUUUGGGACUGAAAGAACGGAGAAGUGGACAGCUGCACUUACUGAAGCUGCAAAUUUAUCUGGAUGGGAUUUGCAAAAUGUUGCUAACGGGUAUGAAUUUAAAUUUAUGGAGAAUAUUAUUGAACAAGUCCUACAAGAGCUCAACCAGACACCUCUGGAUAUUGCUUGGCACCCAGUUGGACUAGAUACUCGUGUCAAAGAGAUAGAUUUGUUGUUGCAAAAUGAAUGUGAAGAUGAAGUUCACAUGGUUGGUAUGUAUGGUGUUGGUGGAAUAGGGAAAACAACUCUGGCAAAAGCUAUCUACAAUCGAAUAUUUCGACACUUCGAUGGUAGUUGCUUCUUAUCGAAUGUUAGAUCAGAAGCUGAAGCACCAUCUAAUGGUCUGGUCAAGCUGCAACAGAAACUUCUUUGUCAAAUUCUCAAAAAUAAGGAUUUUGAAAUUAACAAUGUUGCUGAAGGCAUCAAACUAAUCAAAACAAGAUUUGAGUCAAAAAAGGUUCUAAUAGUUCUUGAUGAUUUGGACCACAUGAGACAAUUGCAUGCCUUAGCAAGAGAUCGAAGUUGGUUUGGUUCAGGUAGUCUCAUAAUUAUUACAACCCGAGACAAGCAUUUGCUAUGUGGGCUUAGAGCAAACGAGAGAUAUGAGGCCAAACUAUUAAAUGACAAUGAAGCUGUGCAACUUUUUAGUUUGCAUGCUUUUAACCAUCUUUUUCCACCACAAGAUUAUGUUGAGUUGGCGCAAGACAUAAUCAAAUAUUCUAGUGGUCUACCAUUAGCUCUUGCAACAUUGGGGUCACAUUUGCAAGGAAGAUGCGCAGAAGAAUGGAGAUUUGAAUUUGAAAAGCUAAAAGCAAUUCCUCAUAGUGAUAUCCAUGAGAUUCUCAAGAUAAGCUUUGAUGGACUUGAUGAUGAUACUCAGAGUGUUUUCCUUGAUAUUGCGUGCAUUUUUCAUGGGUUUUACAAGGAUGAAGUUACCAAAACAUUAAAUGCAUGUGGUUUUCAUUCUGAAAGUGCAAUUUCAACUUUGGUAAGAAAAUGCUUGCUCCAAAGGGAUAUGUAUCAGUUAGUGAUGCAUGAUCUAGUCCGAGAUAUGGGAAGAGAAAUCAUUCGCAUGGAAUCACCCCGAGACCCCGGAAAACGAAGCAGAUUGUUUAGCCCACAAGCAGUCCAUGACGUUCUACAAGGAAAUAAAGGUUCUGAAAAGGUAGAAGUACUGAAGGUGGAAGGACAGGCAUUAAGUGGAGUGAGCUUAAGCACCAAAGCAUUUAAGAAAAUGAAAAAUCUUAGGGUGCUUAUAAUUGAUGAAUUACAUAUUAGUGGAGAUUUUGAGCUGUUGUCCAAGGAGCUCAGAUGGUUUUCUUGGCUAAAAUGUCCUUUAAAGUGUAUACCAUCAAAAUUUCCAGCUGAGAAACUAGUAGUUCUGGAUAUGAAAGAGAGUAAUAUCCAAGAAUUUGGAUUGAAUUUGAAGCAUUGUAAAAGUUUGAAGAAUCUGGAUCUCUCUUAUUGCAAGCACCUUAAAAGAACACCAAACUUCAGUGGUUCACAAAGCCUUGAGACUUUGCGGCUUCGUGGUUGCUCAAGUCUGAAGGAGAUCCAUCAAUCAAUUGGAAAUUUAGACAGACUAAUUGAUCUAGAUUUGAAUGGUUGCAAAAAGCUUACGAAUCUUCCGCACAGCAUAUGUCAGCUAAAAUCCCUUGAAAACUUAAACAUUGGAAGCUGCUCAUCUAUACAUGCACUGCCAGUUGACCUUGGAGAGAUGCAAAGUCUAAAAAAACUUUUGGCACUUUAUACAGGUAUAAAACAAUUGCCUGGAUCUGUUGAACUGCUAAGAGAUCUUGUAAUUUUGGAAGUGGGAGGUCAAAAUGAAGAGGCAAACAGGAGUUUUUCUCGAAGAAGAGUCCAUCACGUACAAUCCUUGUCAACUUCUAUUUCGCAAUUAAGCAUUACAUAUUGUCGUUUGUCUGAGGAAGAUAUUCCUAGGGAUAUUGGGAGUUUAUCCUCCUUACUUUCUUUAGAUUUGAGUGGCAACAAUUUCCAGUGUCUACCGUUUGACUUUUCUAAGUUAGGAUGCUUGGAGACCUUGAAAUUAAGUGACUGUGAGAAUCUUCAAACACUCCCAUCAGUAUCUAAGUUAGAAAAUCUUAAGAAAUUUGAACUUGUAAAUUGCAAGAACUUGGUUAAGAUUACAGAGUUGGACAAUCUCCCAGUUUAUAUAGAGGAGCUCAACAUGCUUAAUUGUAGCUCUCUGCCGAAUCCAUUCAAUGAAGGCUUCUUUAGUGCACGUGCCCUAGCAUUUCCAUGCAGAAAAGAUCGAAAUCGGGUUAGUCUCUCUCUCUCUCUCUCUCUCUCUCUCUCUCUCUCUCUCUCUCUCUCUCUCUCUCUCUCUCUCUCUCUCUCUCUAUCUAUCUAUCUAUCUAUCUAUCUAUCUAUCUCUCUCUGCUAUCAUAUUAAUAAUCUUGUAUCAAUUCGUGUGAUGAAGCAGGGGUUAAAUAUUUAUCCCCAAUGCAAAGAGGUUCCAGAAUGGUGCAGAAAUCAAGUAACAACUUCAUCUAUCUGCUUUACUAUGCCGCCCACAUAUAAUAAGGAGCAUCAGUUUUUAGGAAUGAUUGCCUGGUGUGCUCGCAAGUUUGUCAAAACAGUCUCUCCAGGCGGCUUUAGUUUUGCUAAAAAUGAGUCUUCAAGAAGCUACUACUGGCCUUAUGAUCGUGCAAUACCUGGUGGAAAUGUAGAGCUAUCAUGUCUACAAUACAUAUCUUCCUUACAGACACCUUUUUAUGGGCAGAUCAAAGCUGGAGACAAGAUACAAAUUAGUGAGUGGGGUACAGAAAUUACAGUAAAGAAGAUAGGGGUUCAUCUGUUAUAUUUAGACAAACAAGGUAAAGUUACAUCCUUAUUGCGGUGAUGGAUCAUUACGAUUUGAUUAAAUGAAGAUGGGAGAUGACUAAAAUCAGUUCCUAGGAAUGUCUUGAAUAAGUUUCACUUGAAAAUUGCAAAAAAUUAGUCAAGAUUGCAGAGUUGGACAACCUCCCUUCUAUACAGGAGAUCAACAUGAUUAAUUGUACUUCUUUGCAGAAUCCAUUCAACUAAGGCUUCUUUACAUUUGGUCUAGCAUUUUUUUUUCAUGUAGAAAAGAUCGAAAAGGGUUAAUCUCUUUUAUGAUCCUCUCUCUCUUUUUCUCUGCUAUUAUAUUAUAACUCCAUCCGUUCCAAUUUAAGUGUCCUAUUUUCCA